AUGCUGGGUUGCGGUUAUAAGGACGAGCCGCAGCACACGGCGCACUACUGCACCGCCCUUGAGUCGCCGGAGAACAAGAAGUGCACUGCCCAGGUGAAGUGGGCCUUCUCGCAGACGAACUCGAGUUCGAAGAAGGCAAAGGAUUUCUUGGACGAGGUGCGCUUCAACAUGGGGAAGUAUGGGAACGUGGCGCCAGAGAAUGCCACCUUGGACGACUUCCAGAAGCUCUACUGGUGCGCACCGCCGAAAGGCAACCUGUCCCAGGAGUGUGGCGCGCCUCCUUGCAACUGCACCUAUCCGCCAUGCCACAUGUGCCUCUUCCCGGAGCGACCGCGGAACUGCACGGCAGAAUCGAAGGACAUUCGGUGCAAGCCGCCCAAGCAGGCAAUGGACUACAACGGUAUGCAGUGGCCCCUGGUCAAGAUCGCUACACCGCCUCCGUACCACAUCUUCGCCAUCGGUGACUGGGGUGGCAUGGACACCAUGCUGAAACCCGUACAGGGCCGCGACCCGCUGAUGCCCUGGUGGGGCUAUGGACUGCCAAAGCCAGGCCCCACGCCCUUCCCUCGGACUCGCUGGAACAAGAACCACGACUUCAUGAUGUGCAAUCAUGAACAGUUUCUGAACUGCUACAAGACCUGGGGGACGUGGGGCUGUCCGGCGGGCUGUGGCUUUGACAAGCAAGUCGACACGCAGCCGCAGCAGUUGGUUGCCAAGGUCUUCAAGAAGAGAGCAGAGCAAAACCGCCCAGUGGCCAUUUUGAAUGUGGGCGACAACUUCUACUGGGGAGGUAUCGAGAAGGAUUGCGGACACCCGAUGGACGAGCUGUCGUACACUGCGGCGCACCAGUUCGAUCAAAUCUUCGAGAGCGUUUACAACGGUCCGGGUAUCGACGGCGUUCCAUGGAUCAGCUGCCUGGGCAACCACGACUGGGGUGGCCGCCGCUUCAACAACGGCUGGGAUCAGCAGUUUGCCUACACGUGGAAGAGCAACCGUUGGAUCUUGCCGGCGGCAUACUACACCCUGAAGAUGUACUUCGAAGUAGGGAACUUCUGGAUGGACAUCUAUGUCGUGGACUCCAACAACGAGGAUGGAAAGGACCAGUGGCAGGAGCCUAGCCACAACAUCUGCGGCAAUCAGCAUAACCCUUGGGGUGCCACCUGUGCCAGCGCGGGUGGCCCCGCCGACGUCAACUCCUGCCACCAGUGGUUCUGGGACUUGUGGGGCAAGCAGUCGGGCUGGUUGGCCUCUCUCCUCGCCCAGUCGACCGCGCAGUGGCAGGUCGCCGUAACGCACUUCCCUUGCGGAACCCAGAAGAAUUUCUGGAUGGACAUGCACAACCGGCUCGGCCUCGACUUGCUCGUCACCGGCCACCGCCACGAUCAGGAGCUCUGGGAGCCCGGAUGGCUCGGCGGCCUCACUUGCUUCAUCACCGGGGGAGGUGGUGGGAUCUCUUCGGAAGGGACGCCCAACCCUUACUGGAAGAGAGAC